AUGCUUCGAGCGGUGCUGCUGCCGACCUUCUGUUGGGCUGCGCUUGCGCGGGGCCGCCAGGUCUGGUCCUUGGACGAGGCUUGGCGCUUCGCCCUGGAGGAGUCCCGCCCGCGGAGCUGUGCCGCCGGGACCUUCCCACGGAGCCUGCCAGGUCGGUGCCCGCACCUGGCGAAGCAGGGCCGCCCAGAGGACGGGGGACCAGGCAGCGCCGCCGCUUGCCGCGCCGCCUGCUGCGAGGACGUUUCCUGCAAUGCCUGGCAGUGGUGCGGGCCGAACGCAACCUGCGAGGCCCCCAACAGCUGCUGGAAAGGACUCAUCGAUUUGGCCAAUUGCAGCACUGCUGGGCAGUGGCAAGGGGAAGGCGACCCCUCGAUGCGCCCAAAGAGGCCCAAGGUGGGCCAGCCCUGCGACCACGAGCAGUGCCAAGUCCACUUCAAUGACUCGCACUGGGAGCUGCUGGAUGUACCCCACGACUUUGUGGUGGCCGGGAAUUUCAGCCCCCACGCGGACAAGUCCCAUGGCUACCUGCCCUACAAGGUGGGCUGGUACCGGAAACGCCUCUGCCUGAAUGUCGAGGAGAUGCAGGGGUGGCUGGAGUUCGAGGGGGUGAUGGUGCGCAGCCAGGUGUGGCUGAAUGGUGAGUUCCUUGGAGACCACUUCUCCGGGUACACUCCGAGGCUCUUGGACAUCAGCCAAGUGACCCUGAAGUCCGGCUGCGAGAAUUUGCUCGCGGUGCGCGCGGACGCCACGUCUCCGGAUGGGUGGUGGUAUGAUGGGGGCGGCAUCUACCGCCACGUGUGGCUCACAUCAGUGGCCCCGGUACAUAUUGCCCCCUUCGGCCUUUACACGCCCGCAGUGGUCGUGGGCAAGAUCGACCGGACUGAGGGUCUAGAAUACGCCGAUGCCGAAGUUCGCCCCACGGUGGAGCUGGUGAAUCAGCACAACACGUCGCGGAACGUCCAUGUAGAGUGCUCCAUCUCUGACGGCGGCAAAUUCGUGACGUCAAAGGACUUCGACACCUCGCUGGCCGCCGGCGCCUCCUUGGACCUAGCGUUGCCCCACAUGCCGCUGCCAGGCGCGCUGGCCAUCGAAGGCCCAAUUUAA